GUGAGUAUCGGUGGCGAUGGUGAAUAUGUGGUGAAUACCGAGGGUGGAGUGAUGCUGGGUGGAAAAUUGGCUGAAAACCCUAGAAGAGUGCAUAGAAAUUGGGUGAAAAAUGGCACAAACCAUAGAUAAGCGUGUUCAGAUUCUUGUGAUACUCUCUCACACCUUCAUCGGCAUGGGAUUGUUCUUCCUGCAAAUCUACCAUGUCCGGACGGUGUUUGAGGUGAAGACCAACUUUAGUCAUCUGUCGAAACUCGAGCGAGAGGCUCUUUUCACAUCUGAACAUGGGCUGUAUUAUUCCUUCUACAAGAGACUCGCGGAGGCGAAAUCCUUCGCCGGAGGCCUUGAGAAGCUUAUCCACGACAACCUGACGGAGUAUCCCAGCACUAUAAACUCCAUCCACAAGUUCCAUAUAUAUCCGGAGAUCCUGGCAGCAUUUCUUUACAAGCAGUACCUCAAUAUCACAGCUUAUAUGGGUGGCGCGGGCUCUUCUAAGACGUGCUGGACAUCGCUGAGGAGUCACGAGAUGACACCGCAUAUGAAUUGCGAAGGCCUGGAAGAGCCUGUCCACUUCUAUUUGGAGUUCAUCUGGUGGACGGCGGGACUCACGGUCUUCUUUCUGUACCUCUUCGGGACGUACAUGAGCAAUCACGUGUUUAGCGGCAUCGCCACAGUGAUCUACUAUUUUGUCCUCCACGAGAAUGCCAGCAGAGUGGCGGAAUUCCCGCUGGCCAGGGAGAAUUUUGCCAUUCUGUUUAUCGUGUGGCAAAUGUUCUACCUCACAAUGUGCAUCGCGAGGCUCAGCGUGGGAUGUAUUUAUAUCUUGAUGUUCUUGCAGAUCAUUAAGUUGGCGCUCCUUACGGCGGCUGCUCACAUGUGCUGGCAAUUUUCGGCCGCAAUCUUCGCCACGCAGACUAUCGUGAUCUUCGUGAUGGUGGAACUCGAGUGGUUGCCGCAGGAGUUUGUCCUGAACUAUGCACUGGCACAUGUUCUGGCCAACAUUUCCUGCUACUACGCCAUGUUUGGCAAUCGCUACUUCUUCCUCUCCAUCAAUCAUUCCCUCAUUGUGGCGCUGAUCUUCUUCCUACUAUUCCGCAACAUGGAACGCGGUGAGGUGCAAAUGAGUCGACCGAAGAGAUUUCUGCACGAUCUGUGCUUCUUCAUCAGCAUCACGUAUUUUGUGUCCGACAUCACGGAUCGGAUGAGUGUAUCGUCGCGCAAGGAUGCGAGUGAGGACAUUAAUGGACACUUUAUCAAUCUCUUCCUCACCAAGUUCGGCCUGAAGUUGCCGAAUCUGGUGGAGUUGCUGUAUCUCUGCAACUCCUCAUAUGCUUUCCUGGACACAGACACAAUUGUACAGUAUAUUACUGUAUUUGCGCCCAAGAUUGUCCCCGUGCUGCUCAUGCUGUGCGCCGUGAAGCUGUGUCUGGGCAGGAGGCGGAAUCGACGUCUGGAAGCGGAGGCAAUUGAACGGGCGAAGAACUAUGUCACGGAGGACUUCAUGGAGGAGAAUCUCGUGACGCUGCAGAAUUUGUCAAAUCCCAAAACCACGGCGGAAUUGAAGAGUUGUCUGGAUUUGCUGGAGAAGUGUGACUAUGAUUAUGAGAGGUACAAGAUUGAGAAGGCGAAAAUUAAGCCAAAGAGUGAGGAGAGGAACAAGUUCCUCUGGGAUGUGGAGAAAUUGAAGAGCGAAGGGAAGAAGGCUUCCGGUGAAGCGAAGAAGUCGUCGGGAGCGAAGCGCAAGACGCCGGAGGAGAAGACAGAUCCAGUUCAGCCACCGAAGCCUUCCACCACACAGUUGGAGACAUUCUGCCUGUACAACUUGCUGCAGGCGCUCUUCUUCCUCUACUUCGCUCUGGCUGUGGCCAAACUGAAGUUCAUCCUCACGCCCUUCAUCUGCCUCAACGCUGCCACAUUGCCACCUCGUCGGUGGUUCUUCGACGGCACAAUACGCAUCUACUGGGCGCUCACGCUCAUCCCGUUGCUCAGCAGCAUCGUGUAUCCGGGCUUGAGGAACAUGCAGGGGCAGUACAGUCCGGCGAAUCCGGACAACUACGAGCUGGAGGAGCUGCUGGAGUGGAUUAAUCACAAUACGGAGACAAAUGCGGUGUUCGCCGGGCCGAUGGACAUCACACCAAUGGUUCUGGUGGCCACGAAACGUCCCAUUGUCAAUCAUCCGCACACGGAGUUUCAGGACAUGAAGGAGCGCACGAGGAUCGUGUAUGGGAUUUAUGGGAAGCAGCAAUCCGUGGAGAUCUACAAUGAAUUGGCCAAGCUGAAGGUGCAGUAUGUGAUCCUGGCGCGGAAGGAUUGCUUCCUGUACACGAGCAAUGGGUGCAAAAUGUCAGAGAUUUGGGAUUAUCUCAUACCAGAGGCGAAGAACAAUCCACGCUUCUGUGCUGACCUAUUCCAGGCGUCUGUGCCCAAUUUUCUCAAGGCCUUCAUCAAUAAGAAAUUCCUCAUUUUGCAAAUCUUCUCAACCGUUCAACUUGAACUCAAUCGCAAGAAGAUUAUCAUUUAAGUGACUCUCUUGCUGUGGCCAUUCGGAUUUUCUGACUGCCUCUCAUCUUGCAAAUGACGAGCUGAUAAGGCAAAGAGAGAGAGAAAGAGGGAAUUUUGUGUGGAUUUGAUAAAAUGAGAGGCGCGCGCGAUAAGUUCUUCAAUAAACACUGUACAACAAUGUG